CGAUCAAUUAUCUCGAAUUUUUCAACUCAAGUGAUAUUCACACAAGAUACCAUCAAGAUACCCCAAUUCUAUGUUUCCUCCACUAAUAGCGUUUCUACUUGGCAACUAGUACUACCUAAACCAUGGAGAAAUUCAAGAAGAUCAUUUCCCAUCACAAGAAAUCAGACGAUGGGAGUCUUUACGAGAAUGGCGAGCGCCUGAGUGAUGAAGGAAGCCAUCCCCGUGAUUAUGUCGAAAGAGACAAUGCGUCUGGCACUGGGAAUCGAUUCACCACUGGGGAGGGCAAUACUUCGAGACACUUAGACUCGGGUAAGAAUACUACCACCGGAACCAGUACCACCAGGCCUCAAAACACUGGUGUCUCAUCAGGAACAACGACGUCUGAAACAUAUCCGGCCCAAGUAGCUGGCUCUGGUGCUGGAGAGGGAGGCAAGCUUAGCUCCAGCACUGGUGCCACUACCACUUCGACAAGUAAGCACACCGGCAAUAAUCGUCUUGGCCGUGAACCUUCUGAAGGAGGAACAGCCGGUGGCGGAUAUCUCCACCGGCAAAAUACGCGUGAGAACCUUAGAAAGGAUGCUGGAUACGACACGAAUUCUACAAGCCAGUCCUCAGGACAGCACAUCGGGAAAGAUGCUACCACUGCAGGAACUAUCGGGACAACUGCAGGUGGGGUUCACGAUCACUACAAAACAGGGCGUCCGACCCCAAUCUUCACUGAUAUUGGGGGACCCCAUAAAACGUACACUGCCAACAGACUGGAUCCAUCGAUCGAUACAUCCGGCAAGGUUGAGCUCGAGGAUGCUCACCACCACUCGCCCACACAUGGUGGUGGGGACAAAUCUGCGGAUGAAUUUCAUCACCUCAAAAGUGAUACUCCUGUUAGUGUGAGCAGAGGUGGUAGUCUUGCUGGGAGUGAACGCAGCAGCAAGCGAGACCUCGGUGUUGCGUCAACCACAGGAAUCUCUACCACCACUAGCAAGGGUAGUACACCAGAUAUUCUUGACACCACGGGCACUUAUGCCACAACUGGUUAUAAUGCUACAGGCACCCAUAAAACAACCAGCUCAUCCGACAAAGAUCUAGGUAUAGAUAGAGCUACUAGCACUAGUAAUGCUGGUCUCGCCGAGCCUGAACUUCGCAAGCCUGAAUCUGAACGAGCAACUGGCGUUGCCUCAACCACUGGCGAAUCUGGCCGCCACGUGGGAAGUGAGACAGCAGGAAGUACAGGCAGAGCUAGUUCUGCAGAGCAUGAGUACAAGAAGCUUGAAAAGGGUGAUAGUGCAUCGACCGGGCCAGCUCCCCACACGGCAGGGCCGCAUAAGCACGAUUGGAUGAAUAAGCUCGACCCUAGGGUGCAUUCCAAACUAGAACCCGAACAAACAACCAGCAGUGGGGCAUCAGCAGAUAAGACCACAUCUGGCACAAGUUACAGAAAAGAUAGCGAUUACGCAGGGGAUUCCGACGGUGCUAGCGGUACUGGGUAUGAGGCUGAUAAACAUCGACACAAGAAGACAGACUCUGGAGUUGCAGGGAUUUCACCCAGUGACAAUAAGGCAAACUCGACACUAGAAAGUGGCCGAUCAAAGGAACAGAGCUAUAGCAGAGAUGCGGCCGCGGUUGGAGGUGGGGGAGAGUACGAGAAUGACAAGCCGCAGCGUGUUUUCCCGUUAACAGGAAAGCCAGCCACAUCCGAGGACUAUAAAUCAAGUACCACCGAUCUCCCAGUUCGGACUGGUCAUGAUAAUUAUGGACGUGAUGCAACAGGAGGAGCCGGCGGGGUUGGAGUCGCUGAUUAUGGAUAUAACAAGCAUGAAGGCGUUGGCUCUUCAGGGGCCGAUCCCGUUAGUGGUCCCGGCCAUGAACAGCGCAAGCACCAAGGCAAAGAGGAGCCGUACGUCCUGAAAAAUAGCUACCCCAACGAAUCCAAGACCGCGAGCGACGAAUCUGGAAAACCAAUCUCUGGUACGACCGACAAGUAUGGAAAAGAAGAUCUGAGUAGCGACUUCAAGGACACCAGUCCUACCGGCGCACAGGACUUUCUCAAACAGGAAUCCCGAAACCUGGGUACAACGGUACUGAAUCAUGACGGUCUCAAGAAGUUGUAAGGAGGAGG